AUCCUUUUCUUAAUCAAAUUUUCUCCUUCUGCCCAAAAAAAAAAAAAAAUUCUGCUGCUAAAUUGUGGACUCAUAAGAUGAUCAGGAGAUAAUGAAAUAAAUAAGAAAUAAGUUUUCAGAAACAAAAUGAUUAGAGAAUGCAGAGAGGGUCUGGUUUAACUAACUGGGUUUCUCAACUUUCACUCCGUCAAGAACCUCUGUUUCUCUAGGUUUUAUUCUUGCAAACAGUUAAACGCCCUCGUUUCAUUAACAUGUUUUCAAUCCAAGAUCAAACGAACAAAACAGGCCGAGUUUUCUUUCAGUUUCUUUCCAUUCAUUUCUCUUAAACCUCUGUUUCUAACAACACAUCGCAAUGCACACUUCUCUUUUGUUUCUCUUCUGGGCUACUUUCUUUAUCAAGAUCUUCACUUUCACUUCAUUGCCUGCCAAUAAUAUCACUCUCUAUGGUGAUGCCUAUUUCAGAGACAAUGCCAUUAGCCUCACUCAAGAACUAACUUGCCUCUCUUCAUCAUCAUCCUCUUCUUCUUCUCCUUCUUCUUCUCCAUCUUCUUCAUCUUCUGGCAUUGGAAGGGCUCUCUAUCUAUACCCUAUUCGUUUUCUUGAUUCCACAACUAACACCACAGCUUCUUUUUCUUGUAAAUUCUCCUUCUCUAUAAUCCCCUCUCCCUUGUGUCCCUUUGGAGAUGGUUUUGCUUUCUUGGUUACCUCCAGUGCCGAUUCUUUUACUCGUUCUAAGGGCUACAUUGGCCUUCCCGGACCCCAAGAUUCUUUCUUUGCUGUGGAAUUUGAUACCAGUUUUGACCCUUCACUUGGGGAUAUCAACGGUAACCAUAUUGGUAUCGAUGUUAAAACGGCUAUUUCUUUUGCUUCUGUUGAUACUUCUUCAAGAGGGAUUGAUCUUAAAAGUGGGAAUCAGAUUACAGCUUGGAUUGAGUACAAAGAUGCAUUGAAAUUGAUUAGGGUGUGGGCUGGUUACUCUCAGAUUAGGCCUCCAAGUCCACUUCUUGUUGUUCAGAUGGACCUCUCCGAGCAGUUCAAAGAGUAUAUGCAUGUUGGUUUCUCUGCUGGCAACGGGCAAGGCUCAGCUUUGCACAUAAUUGAGCGUUGGCGGUUCAAGACUUUCGCUUCUUAUGCUUCUGUGAAUCCCAUAGAUAUGGUUGAAGAUGGGGAGUGUUUCAUGUGCUAUCCUGGAGAUUCAAAUUAUGAUAGCAGUAGUGUUAAUGUUCACAAAAGAGAAGCAAAUGCAAGGGACAUGGCACUUGAGCUUGGAGGAUUAGCAGCAUUUGGCUUUUCCAUAAUCGCUGUUGUUGGUGUCAUCAGUUUCUUUUUUAUAAGGAAGAAAAAGCAAAAUGGUAGAGGUAAACAAACACACGCUUUAAAUGCAGAACCAAAUAAUGUUCCCAAACAAUUGUCACUUGCUGAGAUAAGAUCAGCAACAAUGGGGUUUCAUCGGAACAGAAUCGUUGGCGAAGGAGCUUCAGCAACUGUGUAUAAAGGGUCUCUCAGCUCCGGUGGAGCAGUGGCAGUUAAGAGAUUUGAAAGGGCUAAUUUGAUCGACUGCACACGCAAUCCUUUCACUACUGAAUUUGCAACAAUGGUGGGGUGCUUGAGGCAUAAAAACUUAGUUCAGCUUCAAGGAUGGUGUUGUGAAGGAGCUGAAUUAGUCCUGGUUUAUGAAUACUUGCCCAAUGGAAGCCUUGACAGCAUCCUUCACACUAAUACCCAUUCUACAACUUUGCUGCCAUGGGAGAAAAGGCUAAAAAUCAUUCUUGGGGUUGCUUCUGCUCUUUCUUAUCUUCAUGAAGAGUGUGAGAGACAGAUAAUUCAUAGAGAUGUAAAGUCCUGCAACAUAAUGCUAGAUGCAGACUUCAAUGCCAAGCUUGGCGAUUUCGGUUUAGCAGAAGUCUAUGAACACAGUUGCAUUACAAGAGAAGCUACAAUCCCAGCUGGUACAAUGGGAUAUCUUGCCCCUGAAUAUGUUUAUUCCGGUGUUCCAUCAGAGAAAACUGAUGUUUACAGCUUUGGAGUAGUGGUUUUAGAGGUUGCCACAGGGAGAAGGCCUGUGGAUAAUGAAGGAUCACUGAUUGUUGAUUGGGUGUGGCGCCAGUGGGAGAAAGGGAAGUUGCUUGAGGCUGCUGAUUUGAGAUUGAGAGGGAAGUUUAACUCAUCAGAAAUGCAAGGAAUGCUCAUGGUGGGACUUGCUUGUGUGCAUCCAAACCAUGAGAAGAGGCCUACCGUGAAGGAGGUUGCAAGGAUUAUCCGAGGGGAGGCGCCGCUUCCUCUUUUGCCAGUGAAAAAACCAGCUGUGAACAUCGGUUCUAUUUUGUCAGAGACUUUGAUGGAUUUUGGUGGAGAUCAGAGUCCUAGUAUGGAUGAUUCACAAUGGUUGACGCCCAGGAGUCGUUUCUAUUGACCCCAAGUGUUAUAUUGUAUGAUUCUUAUUGCAGUUUAUUUUAGAGGUUUUUCUUAAAGUUUUUGAUGGGAUACCUUGGUGUGACAUUGCUUUGGAUCUUGAAGUAGUGUGAUUGCAUUACAUUUGAAACAUUGUCACAAUGUCCAUUGUGCUUUAUAUGAUAUGAUUACAGUCAAAGUUCAAAGA